GCUAUACCCUUAAAUUGUAUACUAGUGACGAACUCGAUAAUUAUCGAUAUUAUCCGGGAGAAACAACUAUCAAAACAAUAAUAAAUAAACGCGGAAACCUUCUGUUUAAAUAUAAUUACAUUUUAUUGUGAUCCCAAAAAGGCAAAUGGGCGUUAUGGAUAACAAUGGAGUGGGCAAGCUGACGGCAGAAUCUCUGAAACGCAAGGAGCGGCUUCAAAAACUUCGUGAACAAGCGCAGAGUAAAGGAGGAGACGCUACCGAAUCCAAUGAAAAGUUACCCAAGCCUAUUUUUCGCAGCUACAAACCGCAGAACGAGAACACUGACGGCGAAGUUCUGCCCCAGGAGCCCACGGGAAACAUUGAAACUGCAGUGGAGGACCAACUGAGUCUUCUCCAGCAGCCCAUGGUCAUUGAUGAGAUCGAUAUAACCAAUCUAGCACCUCGUAAACCCGAUUGGGAUCUUAAACGAGAUGCAAGCAAGAAAUUGGAGCGACUCGAACGACGCACCCAAAAGGCAAUUGCGGAACUUAUCCGAGAGCGGCUUAAACUGAACCAAAUCGAAGAUAUCAGUCAGGCGGUAAAUGUAGCCACUGCGCAUGCAGGUGAAAGUGUCCAGGAGGAUUAUGACUAGAGUCGAACAAUACAACUAACUUUACUAAACUUGUACAAAAAACGAUAAAUGCAUUAACAAUAGGUAUGAUUA